UUGCGCAAAAUUGUCCCUGGCGGCUCGCCGUAGCUUCUGAGGCUUGCAAAGCAAACACUUGAGGAGUUCUCUAGUCUGCGCAACCAAUCGUCGACACAACCCCGCAAAGACGGUACAGAACGAGGCUGGGAGCGGGAGGGAGGACCCGGACAGCAUAACAUGGCGAAAUAACAACUUUGGCUGUCGUUACAUACCCCCAGCGUUGGAAUUAUUACAAGUGGUCUAAUCUGGACGGCGCAAAGAGAACGAUACGCGUAACUUUAAAGAGUCGAUCGGGCCCUGCCGUUGACCAAACCGGGGGGCUGGUCCAGAACAUACCACCCUCCCGCCUGCCCGCCUGCCUCGCUGACCGGCUGCCCGUGUUCUCCCUGGAAGGUUGGCGCGGCUGUUGACACAGAAAAUGGAGGAAGAAGCAAAGUUUAUUCGAGAGGCUGUUUAGCUGCUGCCUUAGCCGCCAUAGCUAAUUUGAUUGCGCGCACCUGCGUCCUCGGACUGCCAUGUUAUUGGAAAUAUUGAACAAGUUUGAAAACAACCGACGCAUUGAACGGUACUUGUAACAGUACAAUUGGGGGAUAUUUACUUCAGGAUAAUGACAGGCGGGUUCUGUUGCGGUGCGGACUGACCCAGACGCCAUCACAUCAGACAUUACGUGCUCCUUAAAAAAACAAGCACUGCGUUUCUUGGCUUAAAAUUUGUUUUUGUUUUUCUUACACCGUCAUCAACCAGUGGAACUGGUGCGCUUUUAGUCUAAUUUUCCCUGGAAUGCAACAAUUCUCUUUGAAAACGUCAGUUGGAAUGUUAUUCGGCAUCAUAGUCGCCGCGUCUUGUCAAAAUGAAGGCAGCAAGGUGUUCAACAGUGGAUAUGCACUGCUUUGAAAAUCUAAUGGCGGUUACGGCCGAUCAACGCUAAAAGUUUGUUGAUAUCUUCUAUUUGGAGGUGAAUGUAUUUUAGCUCGAAAUUUUUGGUACAAGUCAACAUUAGCUUUCCAGCUGGACGCUGUGAAGUGCAGCCGUCUUUCCCCUAACAAUUUCAGCUAACUGGACUGCCUACUUAUAGCCUUUUUUUAUUUUUAUUUUUUUUGUCCUGUCCAGCUUCUCAGGCAAAUCAUAUAGUUGGUGUAGAUGCCCAUAGCCAUUUAUGCUACAUAAGCCCAUUUGAGCUCACCAAAGGUGCCAUCGACACCCACGCCCCGAAGUGCUUCUUCAGGAAAACCUGGCUAAGUUGUUACGCUAACGCUCCAAGUUUUGGUCAGCCAUGUCUGAAAACGCCCCCUCGCGAAGCCUGGACGACAUUGACCUGGCCGCUCUAAGGGAUCCAGCUGGAAUCUUUGAGCUGGUUGAGGUUGUCGGCAAUGGGACAUAUGGACAAGUGUACAAGGGUCGCCAUGUGAAGACAGGCCAGCUGGCGGCCAUCAAGGUGAUGGAUGUCACAGAGGAGGAAGAAGAGGAGAUCAAAGCUGAAAUCAACAUGCUGAAAAAAUACAGCCACCACCGCAACAUAGCCACGUAUUAUGGUGCCUUCGUCAAGAAGAGCCCCCCAGGACACGAUGACCAGCUUUGGUUGGUGAUGGAGUUCUGUGGGGCGGGCUCAGUAACUGACUUGGUUAAAAACACUAAAGGCAGUUCACUAAAGGAGGACUGGAUUGCGUACAUCUGCAGAGAGAUUCUAAGGGGCCUUUCCCAUCUACAUGCACAUAAAGUCAUCCACAGAGACAUUAAGGGCCAGAAUGUUCUGCUCACAGAGAAUGCAGAGGUGAAACUAGUUGAUUUUGGAGUUAGUGCUCAGCUUGACAGGACGGUGGGGCGUAGAAACACUUUCAUUGGCACGCCUUACUGGAUGGCGCCAGAAGUCAUUGCCUGCGAUGAAAACCCUGACUCGACCUACGACUACAGGAGUGACAUUUGGUCCUUGGGAAUUACCGCAAUCGAAAUGGCCGAAGGAGCACCUCCACUGUGUGACAUGCAUCCAAUGAGAGCCCUCUUCCUGAUUCCCAGGAAUCCCCCUCCUAAACUCAAAUCAAAGAAGUGGUCCAAGAAAUUUAUUGACUUUAUUGAGGCCUGCCUUGUGAAGACAUACACCAGCCGACCAUCCACAGAGCAACUGCUCAAGCACUCCUUCAUCAGGGACCAGCCUACCGAGCGGCAGGUCAGGAUUCAGCUCAAAGACCACAUUGAUCGGACACGCAAAAAAAGGGGAGAGAAAGAAGAGACCGAGUAUGAAUAUAGUGGUAGUGAUGAAGAGGAUGAAAAUCGUAGCGAUGACAGAGAAUCAAGCUCAAUCCUCAAUGUGCCUGGGGAGUCCACCCUGCGCCGGGACUUCCAGCGUCUCCAGCAGGAGAACAAGGAAAGAUCGGAGGCCCACAAGAGGCAACAGGCACAACUGGCCGCUCAACGCAGGGACCCAGAGGAACACAAGAGGCAACUUCUGCAUGACAGGCAGAAACGCAUUGAGGAGCAAAAAGAGCAGCGUCGACGACUGGAAGAGCAACAGAGAAAGGAGAGAGAGAUGGUGAGGCAGCAGCAAGAAAAAGGUCCCCAUCGUAGACUCGACGAUAUGAGACGGGAGGAAGAUAGGAGGUUGGCUGAAAGAGAGCAGGAGUUUAUCAGGCAUAAGUUAGAGGAGGAACAGCGGCAGCUAGAAAUCCUUCAGCAGCAGCUGCUUCAGGAGCAGGCACUGCUUAUGGAGUAUAAGCGCAAGCAGCUGGAGGAGCAGCGUCAGUCAGAGCGGCUGCAGAGACAGUUGCAACAGGAGCAUGCUUAUCUAGUGUCACUGCAGCAACAGCAGCAGGAAAAGAAGCCCCAGCUCUACCACUAUAACAAAAACCUGGAGGCCAACAACAAACCCACAUGGGCCCGAGAGGUAGAGGAGCGAAGUAAGCUCAACCGACAAGGCUCUCCCAAAAUCUGUACCACUGUCUCUGACACUGCCAUCCAGUCACGCUCAGACUCAAUCAGCCAGUCUGGAGUUGUCCAGUCUGCUCAGACGCCCCCAAUGCAGAGACCUGUUGAACCACAAGGGGGGCAGGGCAAGUUCCAGAUGGCUCAUUUGGUUCCACUAAAACCUUAUGCUGCCCCUGUCCCACGCUCCCAGUCUCUCUGUGACCAGCCCACUAAGACCAUGUCUGCAUUCCCCACCCAGGAUCCCUCCCUCGCCCCUACACCACGACCCAUCCACUCCCGAGAGCUAGUGCGUCAGAACUCAGACCCCACAUCUGAGACCCCUGCACCACAAAUACACCAAAUCAGAGAAGAGCGUGGGCCCUGGAUCCGCUUGCCAGAUGUGGAACUUCCACCCAAGAUUCCCCAGAGAACAGCAUCAAUUGCCACAGCUCUCAACACCAACCUGACCUCUGGAAUUAGGCAUCCAGUUAGAGCCAGUAAUCCAGAUCUCAGCCGGAACGAUCGCUGGGAGAGAGGAGACAGUAUGGCCAUCAUAUCUAAUCUGCCACAGACAGGCUCGUUAGAAAGGCAUCGCAUUCUCAGCACCUCCAAAAUGGAUUCUCCUAUUCUGUCUCGUGAUAGUCGUCAUAAGCCAGGGGAGUCUCGGACUUCUUCCCGGCCAGGGCGUCCAGCUAGUUACAAGAGAGCAAUAGGAGAGGACCAUGGCCUCUUUGCCAAAGAGCGUGCUGAGGAGCAGCCGAGGCCCCCUGUCAAGGCUAAUGACUACUCCUCCUCCUCGGAAAGCAGUGAGAGCAGUGAGGAGAGCGAAAGCGGGGAGGGAGUCGAAGAGGAGGAGAGCCCAACUGAUCGUCAAAGGGACGCGGACACUGAUUCUGUCAACACCAUGGUGGUUCAUGAAGACGAGGGCGAGGAGGGAGAAGUAGAGCAGGCUGGGGGUUAUGGAGAUCAUACAAUGUUGGUGCAGAGGACCCCAGAGAAGCGGAGCCACAAUGGAUACACUAACUUGCCAGAUGUGGUGCAGCCCUCUCACUCCCCCACUGAUUCCACCACACACUGUUCCCCUGGGAAGGACUCUGUGUAUGAUUAUCAGUCCAGAUGCUUGGUCAAGGCACCUGGCAAGUCCUCCUUCACUACAUUUGUGGAUCUUGGAAUGUACCAGACACCAGGAGGUACCGUGGAUAACAUCUCUGUUAGCAGUGAGUCAGAAGCUUAUCUAAGUUUGUCUCAACACUUUCAGUUUAAAGAAUACCAUGGGUCCUUUCAUGUUUUAGGCUCACGAUUUGAGCAGCUAAAGAUGGAGGUGAGGAAAGGUUCCAUGGUGAAUGUAAAUCCCACCAACACACGCCCUCCCAAUGACACACCUGAGAUACGCAAGUACAAGAAGAGGUUUAACUCUGAGAUCCUGUGUGCUGCGCUUUGGGGUGUUAACCUGUUGGUGGGCACAGAGAAUGGUCUGAAGUUGCUUGACCGCAGCGGACAGGGCAAAGUCUAUCCACUCAUCAACUCUCGCAGGUUCCAACAGAUGGACGUUCUGGAGGGCCUUAACCUGCUUAUCACCAUUUCAGGCAAGAAAAACAAGGUCCGUGUCUACUACCUGGCCUGGCUGAGGAACAAGAUCCUCCACAAUGACCCUGAAGUAGAGAAGAAGCAAGGCUGGACCACAGUGGGGGAGAUGGAAGGCUGCGUGCACUACAAAGUCGUAAAAUACGAGAGGAUAAAGUUCCUUGUGAUUGCUUUGAAGAAUGCAGUGGAAGUGUAUGCUUGGGCACCCAAACCUUAUCACAAAUUCAUGGCCUUCAAGUCUUUUGCAGACCUGCCACACAGGCCUGUCCUUGUCGACCUGACUGUCGAGGAGGGUCAAAGGUUAAAGGUCAUCUACGGUUCUUGUGCUGGCUUCCACGCCAUCGAUGUGGACUCUGGGAACAACUAUGACAUUUACAUCCCAGUUCAUAUACAGAGCCACAUAACACCGCACGCUAUUGUGUUCCUGCCAAGUUCAGAUGGCAUGGAGAUGCUGUUGUGCUACGAGGAUGAGGGGGUCUAUGUCAACACGUACGGGCGCAUCAUUAAGGACGUGGUCCUGCAGUGGGGUGAAAUGCCGACAUCUGUUGCUCACAUUUGCUCCAAUCAGAUCAUGGGCUGGGGAGAAAAAGCCAUUGAAAUCCGUUCUGUGGAAACUGGCCACCUGGACGGCGUCUUCAUGCACAAGAGAGCUCAGAGGCUCAAGUUCCUUUGCGAGAGGAACGACAAGGUGUUCUUCGCCUCCGUACGGUCGGGAGGCAGCAGCCAGGUGUACUUCAUGACCUUAAACAGAAACUGCAUCAUGAACUGGUGAAGGAACAGCUGCUCUGCUCUUUGUGAACGCAGCAGGGUUUGGUGAUGGAAGUCUAUCCAACAUUCUCUCAUGCUAGUUCUCGCUCAUUUGCAUACGCACUGAUAAAUGCGCAUGUUUUCUGAUAAAGACUCCAGGCUACACUGGAGCCCACAAUAACAUUUCUCUGUGUACCUCCAUAGAAAAAUCGCUGAUUUCCAGUUUAUAGCAUUUAAUUGCUUUCUACUGCAUAUAUUCUUCUUGUCUUGACUUCCUUUACUUGGUGUGCUCAAUGUAACAAAUGGGUUUCUAAUUGUGAAGUGCAUUCCUACAUGGUUCUCCCAGUUACAGAAGGAAUUAUUUACCAAUACUGUAUGUUAAAGCUGUAAAUAGCACCAGUCACUUAUAUAGCCUUCAUUUGCCGUGCUGUCACAGAAAUUGUCGGCACACCCAUCUGCUGUGUCUUGCGGCUCCUAGUUGUUUGGGGAUCACUAGAAUUUUCAUGGGGGCUUAGUACUUCACUGCAAAAAUGGAAGAGUUCGGCAAGCUUGUCGAAAAGUAAAAGCGUAUCUGUAAAAUAUCCAUAACCGAGCAGUACUCUGUUACAGUACUGUGAAACGUCUUGCUUUGUCUUUUCUCUUCCGUUGAGCCGAACCGAUUAGCUGUCUGGUCACACUAGUACCUAACAUUUACAUUCUUAGCAGAUUUGAUAUUUAUAUGUAGUAAUUAUGUAUGGGUAGUAGCCUACUGGUAGUCUUGAUUUCGCUCUACUGCAGACCUGGGCAUAAUACGGCCCGUUAAGCUUUUCUAUUCCGCCUGCCGAACAUUUCCAAAUAAUUGUUUUCAACUUUUGACAUCCAAACUAUGAAUGUGCGGUGCCAUUUUCAAAUUACUGUGAGUCUUGAAUUAUAGAAAAUAAUCCAAGGGUUGGAAUCUGCGCUUUUGAUUGAUGUACGGGUUAUUACGGUAAUGACCAAGGGACUACGUCUCAGCAGCUCCAAGCAGACGAGGCAUGACGCAAAAGGGGCGCGGUUUGUUACAGAGCAGCCAGCCUGAGGCACGGUUGUCAGGGAGCAGAUUUUUACAACAAAGUUCAUCAAAUUGAUAUUUUAUCAGAUUGUGAGUGUAUUUUUACCCUUUGCGUUCAUAUUUCGCCCUGUUUGUUGCGUUUUGAUUGAUUGUAAAAGAUGUAAAUCAAGGAAGUGGUCUGAGAAGUAAAAGAUGAGCUACG